CCCGAGCGCAGUGCGGUAUGGGGGCCCGGGCUGCGGGCGGAGGCUGCCCUCCCCGCUCGCUAUUUUUACGUGCAGGCCGUGGACGCCGAAGGGCAGAGGUUCACUUCAUCACCGGGUGAAAGUGCAUUCCAGGUGAAGAUCACCGCUCCUGAUGAACAGUUCACUCGCGUUGGUGUGCAGGUAUUAGACAGAAAAGAUGGUUCCUUCCUUGUGAGAUACAGGAUGUAUGCAAGCUACAAAAACCUGAAGAUAGAAGUCAAAACUGGAGAUAAACAUGUUGCAAAGUCUCCCUACAUUUUAGAAGGACCUAUUUACCAUGAAAACUGUGACUGCCCUCAGGAGGAGAGCAGUGCAUGGCUGGAAGAGAUGAACUGCCCUCAGAUCAUUCCACAGAUUCAAAGAGACCUAGCAAAUUUUCCCAUUGUUGAUCCAGAUAAGAUUGCAAAAGAGAUUCCACAGCGGUUUGGACAAAGACAGAGUUUGUGUCAUUACACCAUCAAAGAUAACGAGGUUUAUAUAAAGACGUAUGGGGAACAUGUUGGCUUCAGAAUUUUCAUGGAUGCCAUACUGCUUUCUUUGACAAGAAAAGUGAAAAUGCCAGAUGUAGAGUUUUUUGUUAAUUUGGGGGACUGGCCUCUGGAGAAAAAGAAGCCCCCACAGAACCUGCACCCCAUCUUCUCAUGGUGUGGGUCCAGUGAGUCAAAAGACAUUGUCAUGCCAACAUACGACUUAACAGACUCAGUUUUGGAGACUAUGGGACGGUAA